AUGAGCCAUAUCUCCGUGGUAUUGUUGAUUUUUAGAAAGGAUGAGGAAAUGUCAAUUAAACUAGAAACAAUCUCAUUAGUCUUUCAUAUAAGUUCAAAUAAUAUUAUAAUUGACAAUGACUGUUUAUAUAAGGAGUUUUACAGAUCAGAAUAUAUAUUAUGGGUCACAAACGCAUUUCAAUCAGUAGAUGGCAAAAUGAAGUUUUGUUUUCCAGUUUUAUUUGCUCUUAUUUUGAUAUCAUGUCUUCAUCUUGGUGUAGCACUAAGAUGUCAGUCAAUUAAUCAACAAACUGAUCAGUUUGAAAAAAUCUUAAAAACUUGUAGAAAACGAAAUUUAGGACAUAAUAAUUAUGAUGCUGAUUAUUCUUCAAAUGAAAGUAAUGAAUCAGAAGAUUCUUCUGACUCAAAUGAAGAUAGUUUUGAUAACAAAUUUCUUAUAAGAAAUAAUAGUAGAUAUUAUACUAAUGAUUUUUUAAAUGAGCAAAAUAAUAGAAACAAUAAAGCUCAUCAAUCUACAAGAAAUGGUAAUCCCCUAUCUUUUGGUUCUAAUAAUGUCAAUGAAAGAUUGAAAAAUGUAGAUUACUAUGAUACAAAUAAUUGGGGAAUGACAAAUUCUAACUGGGAAAAUAUGAGAAAUACUGGAAGUAAUCACAAUUAUCAAGAGAAUCAUAACCAAAAACAAAAUGACUCUUGUAUUAUUCAAUGUUUUUUCAACGAAUUAAAUAUCAUUGAUCAAAGAGGUUUUCCAAUACGAGAAUCUAUGAUACGUGUAAUGACAGAAAGAAUCCAGGAUCCCGAAUUACGUGACUUUAUAGAAGAAUCCAUUAUAAAAUGUUUCCAGUUUCUUAAUUCUGUGAAUAGAAUGGAAAAAUGUGAAUAUUCACAAAAUUUACUUACCUGUUUAAUAGGAAAAGGCAAAGAACAAUGUGAAGAUUGGAACAUAUAAUUGAUUUUCACCAUCUUUAGAUUUUAGAAUUUGCACCAAUUUCUUCAAUAUACAAUAUUAUUGUAAUAAUUAUUAAAAGCAAAAAAAAAUGAUAAACAUAUUUUUAGAAAAUU